CUUGGAGAUUCGCUCUCAGAUCACGGAGGAACCCGGACUUCUCAGGUGUACUGUCUGUCAAUCAACAUGAGGGCUAUUGCAGUGAUCCUUGCUCUUGCGGUCAUUACUGGCUGCCAUGCUCGUGUCUUGCCCCAGGAGGAAAUCCAGGCCAAAUGGGAAGAAACUGUGGACCGUUUCUGGCAGCAGGUGUCCGAGCUGAACACCAAGGCUGACUUCAUGGUGGAGAACAUCAAGACCUCCCAGCUGGGAAGAGAGCUUGACACGCUGAUCUCUGACACCAUGGCUGAGCUGACCGUCUACAGGGAAGACCUGAAGAACAAGCUGGGCCCCUAUGCCACGGACGCCACCAGCCAGCUGACCCAGGACCUGCAGCUGCUCUCCAGCCGUCUCCAGGGCGACAUGAACGAGGCCAAGGAGCGCUCCCUCAACUACCUGGAGGAGCUCAAGACCAUGAUGGAGCAGAAUGCCAGUGACGUCCAGAGCCGCGUCAACAUCUAUACCCGCAAGCUGAAGAAGCGCCUGGACAAGGACACCGAGAUGAUCCGCAACACCGUCGCCACCUACCUGGAGGAACUCCAGUCCCGCGCCACCCAGAACGCCGACAGCGUGCGUGAGCGCCUGGAGCCCUACCUCACCCAGGUGCGUGACGGGGCCUCCCAGAGGCUCGGUUCCCUGUCCGAGAUGCUGCAGUCCCAGACCCAGCAGCUGAGCUCCCAGCUCGAGUCCCAGGCCGGGACCAUCAAGGAGGAGCUGGAGAAGACUGCCGCUGACCUCCGCACCACCCUGGAGGGCAAGAUCGAUGAGCUGUCCACUCUGGUGGAGCCCCUCACCGCCAAGCUCCGCGAGCAGGUCCAGGCCGUCAUGGACAAGAUCAAGGAGGUCUCCCCCCAAUGAACUUAACCAAACAUCUCAGCAACAACCAUGACAAGAGGGGGGCAGGGGGAGCGCUUUUAGUAUUGCCUCAGCUCUCCUGAUGUGGGGAAGGUGGGGAGAGGCUGAGGAACUCUUCUGUGCUUGGUACCAUUUUUUUUUACAGGGCAUAAGCCUUCACUUUUGUCUAUCUGUUUAACGACUGUUGCCCCAGCUAUCUCAGUAUUAACCUUGUCUGUCAGCAUACAAACUCUGUAAGUGCACAAGAGUGUCUCUGUUUGACCCCCCCAAGGAAAAGGCCAUUGGUGUAAACCGGUGUGCUUGUUCACCAUGUUCACCCUGGAUUGGGGUAUUUCACUAGUUUUUUUUCCACCAGGUUUGCCCUUAUAGGGCAAUAAGAGGACAUGUCAAUUAGAUGAAAAUCCCACAUUUCAACGUCAACCUAUACCUCCAGGAGAGACACCAAUUUGUGGUCUCGUUUCGUUUUGAGUGGGCUCAGAUGCAUUAUGUAUUUCAUCCAUGUAUUUGCACAAAUUUGUUUAACCAAAAUGGUAGAGUAGGCUGGAACUGCUUUUGUCUUCUGCAAAUGCACCACCCAGUGUAUGUCUGUGCUGUGUGUAUUUUUUGUAAGAUGUAACGUUAACACCCUUUGUGGCCCCACAUGCUGCCUUUUUAGUGCAUUUCCUGUGAUGAUGCAGGGUUACACCAUGCAAGCCCGAGCUUAACUAAUAAAAGCUUUUUAAACAUG